AUGAAGUAUUUGUCGGACAUGGAAACGGAUCAAACUUUGGUCAUGAAUUCUGGACACCCGUUAGGAAUGUAUCCGAGCUUUAAGAGCAGUCCUCGACUCAUAAUAUCAAACGGAAUGGUAAUUCCCAACUAUUCCAAGCGUGAAGACUAUGACCGUAUUGUCGAUGUACGCGGUCUACUGACGGCCGUCAAUGACGAUAUAGCCAGGCGUCCCGUAUCAAGUGCCGUGCUGUAUUUGCGGCCGGCGUUCAUAAACGUGUGUUUACUGAAUUCUCCUCAGCAAAAACAGACAUCAGGAUUGGGAGGCAUGAGUGGCGCUCAGGCAAAGGCGGCCACAAUUGCCGGAUGUAUUUCAGUGAUCGCUGAGGUGUGCGAAGAAGCACUCCUCAAAAGACAGGCUCAGGGAUGGCUCAACGAAAUCAUCUCUGAUUUGGAUCUUCUAAUCGAUAGAAUACGUGUCGCAAAGACCGAUAAAAUUGUCACAAGUAUUGGCUAUUUUGGGAAUAUCGUUGACUUAUGGGAACGACUUGUUGUCGAAUACGACAAAACACAGCAAGUCUUAGUAGAGUUAGGAUCGGAUCAGACCUCGUGUCACAACCCCUUCAAUGGAGGCUAUUAUCCGAGCGGAUUGACUGUGAAAGAGGCCCAGAAUAUGAUGAAAAGCGAUGCAAACAAAUUCAAACAACUUUGCCAACAAAGUCUCGUCCGACAAAUCAAUGCAAUCAAUCGGUUGUCACAAACGGGACUAUAUUUCUGGGAUUACGGCAACGCUUUCCUUUUGGAGGCUAGCUCUUCUUGUGAUCCCAAAGACCUGGAUAUUACUGACAACAUUGCUCUCAAUGUUCUCAAACAACUGGUAGAAAGGGAUGGCAUUCCAAAAGAAGUGAAGGAUAACUAUAUGGAUAAUAUUAAAUGGAUAUCAGAGGCAAAAGAGCACAAACUAGUGGUGGGAAGUCAGGCGAGGAUUCUAUACUCCGAUCAAAUCGGAAGAGUAAGCAUUGGUCUGGCGUUCAACGAAGCCAUCAAAAACAAAACUAUCAAAAGUCCAAUCAUUUUAUCGCGAGAUCAUCACGACGUGAGCGGCGCCGACAGUCCUUUCCGAGAGACCUCUAAUAUAUACGACGGCUCAGCCUUUACAGCCGAUAUGGCCGUCUCGACAGUUAUCGGCAAUUCGGGCAGAGGUUGCACUUGGGUUGCCCUCCACAAUGGCGGCGGGGUCGGUUUGGGUGAAGUCAUUAAUUGUGGCUUUGGCUUAGUUCUGGACGGCUCUCAAGAAUCACACGAUAAAGUGGUUAAUAUAUUGGGUUGGGAUGUGCUUACCUUGUUUAUCCACUACUUACCGCACUCAGCCGCGAGCACCAGACCGUUAGUUAACCGGAAACAGACCAUUCAAGACAUUAUGCUUCACAACAGCAAAGUUCGGGUCACACUUCCCAAUGAAGUGGACGACAAUGUUGUCAACCAUUUGUGA